AUGGUCAGCAAUUUAACCUUGAGAUAUAGGUCAUCAAUAAUUUUCACCAUCAUCAUCACUACUACAAUUUCCCUUAAGACUCCAAAAGAAGUGUAGUAAAGAAGAAACCCCCUGAAGCCGGAUUUUUAAUCAGCUCUUGCAUACAAUAAGAAAAAUGUUAAUAAGCACAUCCACAAUCACCAUGAUACAAUAUUAUCUCCGAAUAAUAACAAAUUUCCACUAUCCUAGCCUUUGAGGCGUCAAACUGUCAGUAGUAGUAACAAGUAAAAUACUAUCUUUCAGCAUGUCUCACAUAAUGUGAGUUACGACAAGCAAUCUACUAAAAACUCGAACAAUAUCAUGAGCGAAGAUCAAUAAGAGGAAAUGGAAUAAUCCUUUAGAGUCUAAGCAAUAAAAGUCUAGAAUUAAGAUCUUAAAAACCUGAAAAAAGAAAAUUUGUUUUUCUAAGAGAGAUAUGAUAGAAGCCACAAGCCUAGAAAAUAUAUCCCUGAUUAAGCAAGGACAAUAUGCACUUAUCAAGAUUAGCUGAAAGAUUUUAAAGAUUAUGUUGAGAAAAUGUGCCGAUCUAACUUUAAGAAUAUUGAUUUUAGAAAGUAGCCACAAACAACUAAUAACUCACCUCUUGGAAUAAUUAAAUUAUAGAAUGAAGAAGAGUCAAGAAGGAAUGACAACACUUAUAGGACUAUGAGGUUAGUAGAUAAGAGAGGUAGAUUUUCUGGUUUAUCUAAGCCUGGACACAUCUUAGACGAGAGUAACCUUCGAAAUUAAAAUGCGAGUACCAAUAUUAAUUAAGAAAAGCACAUAAAAUGUGAGGGCUUACAGAUUAAGCUGGACAGUAUUGAAUAAUAGGAUCUAAAUAACUAAGAGAGUCAUAAGCAUCCUAAAAGGUAAAGUCCUUUGGACCUAUAUAAUAACAGCCCAAUUAAAGAACCGAAAUUUAAGUAUCUCAAGGACAGCUAAAAGAGAGAAAGUAGUCCUGCCAAUCUUAAUGAAACUUUGACAUCUAAAAGAAAAUCACUAGGAGAGUUAUAUUAAGAUCUUGAUUAAAUAAAUUUCGGAUAUACUAAAGUGAAGGGAUUCAUGAAUAAUAAUAAUGACAUAUUUAGUGACAAAAGGGAUUACUUCUCAGCUCUAUAGAAUCCAUAGAUGCCCAACUAGCUUAUGUAGAUAAAUAAUCAGAAAUAAGUGAAAACAAGUUAUAGUAUUAAGAGGAAGAGCCAGAAAUUGAAUGACAUUUAAGAAUAAAGCAGUAUGAUAAGCUCUAACAGAUAGACUUAGAAAUCUAUUACUGAUGACAAUAAAACCUUAAAGGAUGAAGAUGGAAUGAAUUUAGUAAAUCUAUUGGAAUGCCAUAAAAUUAAAGCCCCUAAACCAAUAGUGAAGGUAAGUACAAGACCAAGUAGAGCUUUAUCAUCAAUGACUAAUCCUCAAAAUUAAGAUUACUAUCCAAAAGAGAAUGAGAUCUUCUAAAAUCAAUGCAAUGAAUAGCUAAUUAUAGUUGGGAAUAGCAAUGAGCAAGUAAUAAAAAAAAUUCAAUUAAAAAAGCAAUAUGUUCCAAAGAAUAUGAGUAUAGCAGCAAAACUCAUUAGAAAUAGGCAGCAAAGGAGUAUGAACACUUCAUUAGACAGAAAGUUAAAUGACUCUCAGUUCAGUGGCAGUAUAGAUGAGCAAAGACACAGUGUAAAUGCAGCUGGAAAGAGUGGAAACCAUUAAAAACUUAUUAGCAUUGUUUACCCUUUGACUGAUUAUGCAAUGGGAGUAGAGGAUAAAACGAUUCAUUAAACUCUGAUAGGUGAUAAAAAACUACUUUCCAAAAAGAAAACUAGAAGUCCAAUAAAAGAUGCAUCCUAUAUUAGACAAUCCUAAGUAUGA